AUAUACUUUGAUGUAGUGGGCCCUGUUGUUAUUAACCUGUGUGUUUAUAUAAAUAGUGUAUCUGAAUUAAGAAAAACGAUAAUUUUAGAAUUAAAUAACAAUGCUAAUGGUAUAAAAGUGGUGAAUAUAACCAUUCUUAAAGAUCUUCCAUUUUGUUUAGAGAUUAUUUUGAGACCAUAAUGGCGGCGCCCGGGCAGGAAUUGUUAUAUUGCAGUGUUAGAGAGAAGCUGAAAUCACCACAAGAUGCCAUAAUUACCACACUUCAUUGGAGUCUUGUUUCGAAUGGAUACAAAUGCAUUGGAGUUGGCGAAACGGCAUCAGAAAGUGACAGUCAGACUGAGUUACUGCCCACUGGCUGGAAUGAGAGUCAGGACCUGUAUACGUUGAGGUACAGACAGGAGGGUCAGCCGUCCACCGUGUACAUGCUUAAGGUCAUCAGGAUUGACAAUGAUCUGCUGGUCAAUUUCAUGAAUGUUGGAAAUGAGACUGUCGUGAACUUGAACAUCAGAACAAGAGAUUUUACUACGGGUAAUUUGACCUCAUUUGACAGUGCAUUCCAAAACUUGAAUGAGCUUUGUUCACAAUUUAAGAGGGAGAUACUUGAUGCAGUGCUGAAGGGAGACAACAAAAAUGUGUCAACCAGUCAAGUAUCUAGGUCAUCACAAGAAAGAAGAUCACAGGAAAGGUCAAGGUCAUACGAGGAAGAGUAUGACCCACUGCGAAUACCGUCCCGUCGCCCUCACAUGCCGCAGAGGCCACCAGACUGGUCUGACCCUGGUGAUCCCUUCUCUAUUGGGAGGGCUGACCUUGACCCUUUGGGAAGAGGAGGCGGAAUGCGAUUUGACCCAUUUCGAGGAAACCGCCCUGGAAUGAGACCAGACCCAAAUGCUGGAUUGCCUCAUCCUCUGCCUCCGGGAGCCGUACCACCAGGGGCCAGGUUUGACCCUUUUGGUCCUCCAGGAGGUCCCGGACAAAGGCCAGGACCAGAUCCGGACCAUGAGCUGCCCCCUGGGUAUGGUGAUAUGUUUAUGUAACAAGUACUUCCUACACAACCAUUCAAACUAUCUUAUUCUACUUGGUAUCUAUAAAAGACUCCCAAACAAUGUUAUAUCAAAAAGGUCAUUAAAAAAUAUCUAGAGACUUCCUGAAGACUUCUAAUCUUAUGGAGACUGUGAAAUGGAUGUCAUUAAAAAGGAUUUCUUGAAGAUGUCAUGGAGACUAUUAAAAAUACCUGAAGACUUCUAAUUUUAUGAAGACUGUGAAAUGGAUGCUAUUAAAUGGUUUCUAUUGGGUGUUAUGGAGGACAUCAAAACUAAAAACUUCCUGGAUGAUGGAAAAUUUCUGGAGACUUUGUAAUGGAGGUCAUUAAAAGAUUUCUAGAUUAAAAGCUACCUGGAUAAUGGACAAUUUGUGGAGACUUUGUAACGGAGGUCAUUAAAACACUUCUUUUGAAUGCUAUGGAGGCUAUUACAUGAAGAGUAUGAACAAAGCAUUUCUAGAGUUUUACAGACUUGGAAAUGGGUGUCAAUAAAGAUGCUACAUUGCUGACAGAUA